CGGCAGAAACUAUAAUAAUUUAAAAAUGCAUUUUACAAUGAAGACAGUUUUGUUUUUAAGCUGCCUUUCCGCUGUUCUGUUCCUUAACGCGCACGGAGACGUGAGCUAUUCUUUCCCGGAGGAGAUGAAACGAGGAUCAGUCAUUGGGAAUGUCGCCAAGGAUCUCGGGCUGCAGACGGGAGCGCUCACUAACAGGAGACCCCGCAUUGACACCGACGGGCCUGAAAAACGUUACUGCGAUGUAAACCUGAAUAACGGAGAGCUGAUUGUGGCCGACAGGAUUGAUCGUGAGGGCCUUUGUGGUGAGAAGGCUUCGUGCAUCCUGAAACAGGAGCUCGUGCUGGAAAACCCUCUAGAGCUCCAUCGGGUCAGCCUUCAUAUUCAGGAUAUUAAUGAUAACGCGCCACAGUUUAACGAAAAAAUUGUCAGUCUGGAAAUUCACGAAUCUGCAGACAGAGGAGCUCGUUUUGUGCUGGAGGAGGCGCAUGAUGCAGAUGUAGGACAGAAUGCAGUUCAGCAGUACAGCCUUGAAAGGAACGAUCAUUUUAUUUUAGCUGUUGAUAGAAAUAAAAUAGAGCUUGUUCUGGAUAAGGAGCUUGAUCGUGAAAAGUACAAGGAAAUAAAUGUGCUGCUAACAGCUUUAGAUGGAGGAUCUCCUCAGAGAUCAGGUACAGUAGUCAUUCAUGUCUCUGUGCUGGAUGCUAAUGAUAACGCCCCAGUGUUCAGUCAGGAGGUUUAUAAAGCCAGUCUGCCUGAAGACUCUCCUUUAGACACUCUAGUGGUCACAGUUAGUGCAGCUGAUGCUGAUGAGGGACUGAACGGAGAUGUGGCUUAUGAUUUUGGUCACGUGUCUGAUGAGGUGAGAAAAAUAUUCAGCAUUGAUCGUAAAAGUGGUGAAUUAGGUUUAAUUGGUUCUGUUGAUUAUGAAAGUACUUCCUCAUAUGAAAUACGUGUUAAAGCAAAGGAUGGUCUUGGGCUUUCAUCUUAUGCUAAAGUCAUCAUUUCUGUUACUGAUGUGAACGACAACACCCCUGUCAUUAAUGUGAAAUCACUGACCACUCCCAUACCAGAAGACACCUCACCUGGUACAGAGGUGGGCAUCAUCAACGUGCAGGACAGAGACUCUGAGAAGAACCGACAGGUCCGCUGCUCCAUCCAGCAGAACGUUCCUUUUAAGUUGGUUCCUUCUAUCAAAAACUAUUAUUCUCUGGUGACCACAGGACAGCUGGACCGUGAACUAGUGUCUGAUUACAACAUUACAAUCAGUGCCACUGACGAGGGCUCUCCACCUCUGUCCUCCUCUAAAACUGUUCAGUUAUCUGUAGCUGACAUCAACGACAACCCACCUGUGUUUGAGGAGCAGUCCUACAGCGCUUAUGUGAGUGAAAAUAACAAACCUGGCUCCACUUUAUGUUCCGUUAGUGCUCGAGACCCGGACUGGAGACAAAACGGUACCGUGAUUUAUUCUCUGUUACCUGCUGAGGUGAAUGGUGCGUCGGUGUCCUCCUAUCUAUCAGUUAACGGAGACACGGGGGUGAUCCAUGCUGUCAGGUCGUUUGAUUAUGAACAGCUGAGGAGUUUUAAAGUCCACGUGAUGGCCAGAGACAACGGUUCUCCUCCUCUCAGCAGCAACGUGACCGUGAGUGUGUUCGUAUCAGAUGUGAAUGACAACUCUCCUCAGAUACUGUACCCCGCCCCGGAGGGCAGCUCCUUCAUGACCGAGCUGGUCCCCAAAGCUGCACACGGAGGCUCUCUGGUGUCCAAAGUGAUAGCGGUGGACGCGGACUCUGGACAGAAUGCCUGGCUGUCCUAUCAGAUAGUCAGAUCCACUGAUCCGGGACUUUUCACUAUCGGUGUGCACAGCGGAGAGAUCAGGACGCAGCGGGACAUUUCUGAAUCUGACAGCAUGAAACAGAACCUGAUUGUAGCAGUGAAAGAUAACGGACAGCCCUCUCUGUCUGCCACCUGUGCCAUGCAUUUACUGAUUUCUGAUAACUUGGCUGAGGUGCCAGAGCUGAAAGAUAUUUCUUAUGAUGACAAGAACUCCAAACUGACCUCGUAUCUGAUCAUUGCGCUGGUGUGUGUGUCCACCUUCUUCCUGACCUUCAUCAUCAUCGUCCUGGGUGUGAGGUUUUGUCGCAGGAGAAAGCCCAGACUGUUGUUUGAUGGAGCAGUGGCCAUUCCCGGAGCUUAUCUCCCUCCUAAUUACGCAGAUGUUGAUGGAACAGGAACUUUACGCAGCUCCUACAACUAUGACGCCUACCUGACAACAGGAUCUAGAACCAGUGACUUUAAAUUUGUGUCAUCUUACAAUGACAACACGCUGCCUGCUGACCAGACUCUGAAGAAAAGUCCCUCUGAGUUUGCUGAUGUGUUUGGAGACUCUGAUUCUUCCCCAGAGGUAGGCAUUCAACUUAAAACAUGUAUGUUAUUACCCUCAUUUUUUGUAUUUUGCUUCAACAAAGCUUUUUAAUUAUUCUGUUGACAACACUAAAGUACCAUAAAUAACUGAAACAACGGCUUUUGGUUAUGCCACUGUCCUUGGUGCUUAAUUAAUAUG